ACACACGGGCGCACGCACACGGCAGCUGGGCCGGGGACAGCCCUCUCGCCGGCAGCCCCAGAGGUCCGGGGCGUGCAGCCGGGUUCCCCGGAGGGCGCCGCCGGCCGCCCCGCCCCGCCCCGCCCCGCCCCUCGAACCCGCCGGGCCGGCAGCGCUGUGGGCUGCAAAGUUUCGUGGCGCGAGUGCGCCGAGGCAGCGCGCCGACUCGGGCUCGGUUCGGCUCUGCGCUGCUCCGGACGGCCGUGACUGCUGGCCGGGGUCUCGGGCCGCCUGGACCCACGGACCGCACGCCCGCUGCCAGCCCCGCUAAGCCCCUCGCCCCAGGCCGACCUCGGUACCCAGCGCCCUGCUGCCCGGGGUCCCCGAGCGCCCUCCCGCCGCGAGGUCCGUCCGCAGCCUCCGGUGCGCCCGCGCUCGCCCUCCUCCUCCCGGACUUCUCCCUUCGCCGCCCUCACCGCGCCAUGGCUCGUGACCCCGCUCAGACCGCCCGGGGACCCGGGCCCCAACUGCUGCCGCUGCUGCCGCUGCUUCUGCUGCUACUCCGGGACGCGGGCUGCAGCCACAUGGCCCGCGCCUGGUCCGCACCGCCCGCCGCCGCCGCCGACGGCCUGCAGGGGGACAGAGAUCCCCAGCGGCUCCCUGGGGACGCGGCUGCCACUCUGGGCCCCGGCGCCCAGGACAUGGUCGCUGUCCACAUGCACCGGCUCUAUGAGAAGUACAGCCGGCAGGGCGCGAGACCGGGAGGGGGCAACACGGUCCGCAGCUUCAGGGCCAGGCUGGAAGUGAUCGACCAGAAGGCCGUGUAUUUCUUCAACCUGACUUCCAUUCAGGACUCGGAAAUGAUCCUUACGGCCACUUUCCACUUCUUCUCAGAGCCGCCUCGGUGGCCCCGUGCGCGCGAGGUGCUGUGCAAGCCGCAGGCCAAGAACACUUCAGGCGGUCCGCUGCCCCCGAGCACGCCCGCACGCCAGCACUUGCUCUUCCGCAGCCUCUCGAAGAACGCAGCCACGCAGGGGCUACUCCGCGGGGCCAUGGCCCUGGCGUCCCCGCCGCGCGGCCUGUGGCAGGCCAAGGACAUCUCCCCCAUCGUCAAGGCUGCCCGCCGGGAUGGCGAGCUGCUCCUCUCCGCCCAGCUGGAUUCUGGGGAGAGGGACUCCGGGGUGCCCCGGCCCAGCCCCUACGCGCCCUAUAUGCUCGUCUAUGCCAACGACCUGGCCAUCUCGGAGCCCAACAGCGUGGCGGUGACGCUGCAGAGAUACGACCCCUUCCCUGCCGGAGACCCCGAGCCACGUGCAGCCCCCAACAGCUCAGCAGACCCACGCGUGCGCCGAGCCGCCCAGGCCACCGGGCCCCUCCAGGACAACGAGCUACCGGGGCUGGACGAGAGGCCUCCGCGCACCCACGCGCAGCACUUCCACAAGCACCAGCUGUGGUCCAGCCCCUUCCGGGCGCUGAAACCCCGGCCAGGGCGCAAAGACCGCAGGAAGAAGGGCCAGGAGGUGUUCAUUGCCUCCUCGCAGGUGCUGGACUUCGACGAGAAGACGAUGCAGAAAGCCCGGAGGAAGCAGUGGGGUGAGCCGAGGGUAUGCUCCCGGAGGUAUCUGAAGGUGGACUUCGCAGAUAUCGGCUGGAAUGAGUGGAUAAUCUCACCCAAAUCUUUCGAUGCCUACUACUGCGCGGGAGCAUGUGAAUUCCCCAUGCCUAAGAUCGUCCGCCCGUCCAACCAUGCCACCAUCCAGAGCAUUGUCAGGGCUGUGGGCAUCGUCCCUGGCAUCCCAGAGCCCUGCUGUGUUCCUGAUAAGAUGAACUCCCUUGGGGUCCUCUUCCUGGAUGAGAACCGAAAUGUGGUUCUGAAGGUGUACCCCAACAUGUCCGUGGACACCUGUGCCUGCCGGUGAGACCGCUCCAGGCUGGAAAGAAGCUACGCCCAGGAGAACUGCCUUCUCAGAGCCUUCUGCAGCCAGGACUUCACUGGCAGUGCAGUUGCAGACACAGAGCAGAGCUCACAGGCAACAUCACCGGGGGUCAGAAAGAGCUGUCUGCCAGUGCAUCAUUUCGGGGUCUUUCAUUGCUAGUGACUUGCCCCUUAAAUGCCAGCCUGAGUCCCUGAAGGAAUUUAGGAAUUAGCCCUGGCCUGAAAGAGGCCCCUCAUUCAUACCCAGCAUUCUGAAGGCCUGAAAACAAAAGGUGUCCACGAUGUUGGCUUGAUGUGAUCAUCAUCUCAUGAUUGAGCAAGAAGACUAUGCAAAUCCUAGGGCGCUCAUUCCCUGCACACGGAAGGAACUCUGUUUAAAUGCUCAGUUCAGAACACUUUGGGCCACAUAGUGAUUUUGGAAAACAGGAUAAUCGUGGUGUAAAUGGGUGUUUCCUUUCAAAAUCCACUGCAGAGCUUUUAUCCACACAGUAUGCACAUGUAACCGAUGUUGGUUUUUUUCUUAAUAUAUAUAUUUUAUUUUAAAACAACAAAAGAGGAGGGCAUUGACACCAUUCCCCACAGAGAUAAUCAUAAUGAGUGUGGGUUGUUUAAACAUGCAUAUUGAAAUAACACAUACAGUAACAUGUGGGAAUACUAAAAAAUAACCAAGAUUUUAUAUUUUUGUAAAUUAUACUUUCUAUACUGUAGAUUGUGUAUGUUAUGUGUUUUUAUGGAAAGCUAAUAAAUUAAAGAUACAGUGAUAUCUUGAAAAACUGAAUGCCA